CGCUGCCCCCGGGCCUCCCGCUCUGUGGUGUCCGGGGAGGGGGGAGCGAGGGGGGGCGGUCCCUGCCUGUGGGGGGGAGCGAAGCUGCUGCAGCCCCCUCCCCCGCCCGCUCUCUCGCUGCCUCCUUCCCUCUCCGCUCGGCCGGGCUGCGCUGCCGCCGCCGCCGCCUCCAUCUUGUCCCCCCCCGCCGCCGCCUCCCUGCUUCCCCCCCGCAGCAGCAGCCGCCGGAGCCGGAGCCGCGGCGGCGGAGCGAGGGGGCCCCGGGGGGCGCGGCGCGGGGAGCAGCGGGGCCGGGCUCGGAGCCGCCGCGGCGGUGGCAUGCGGGGGCGGCGCUGAGGCGACAGCCGCGGAGGCGGCGGAGCGGACCCGACCCAGCCGACAUCUUGUCCCCCCGACCCCCCCCCCCCGCGAGCCCGCCCCGCGCCGGAGCCGCCGCGGCGGCGGAGGAGGGAGGAGCAGGCGGCGGCAGCGCGGCCAGGGUUUCCAGGUGCAGCUAUGAGGAAACCUCGGAGGAGGUCCCGGCAGAACCCCGAGGGGAGACGUUCUUCCUCGCCCUACAGCCUGAAAUGCUCGCCCACCCGGGAGACUCUGACGUAUGCCCAGGCCCAGCGGAUAGUGGAGGUUGAUAUUGAUGGACGCCUCCAUCGCAUCAGCAUCUAUGACCCCCUAAAGAUCAUCACGGAGGAUGAGCUGACUGCCCAGGAUAUCACAGAGUGCAACAGCAACAAGGAAAACAGUGAACAGCCCCUGUUCCCUUCCAAGUCCAAGAAAACUCCCUCGAAAGGCAAAAAGAAAGAGUCGUGCUCCAAACAUGCACCAGGGACAUCUUUCCAUUUACCCCAGCCCAGCUUCCGGGUGAUGGACUCCUUCAGCCAGCCAGAUGCCCCUCCUCUGCCUGCAGCAUACUACCGGUACAUGGAGAAGCCUCCUGAGGACCUCGAUGCAGAGGUGGAGUAUGACAUGGACGAGGAGGAUCUGGCUUGGCUGGACAUGGUUAAUGAGAAGCGGAAGGAUGAUGGCUAUGGGACAGUUUCUGCUGACGCUUUUGAGCUGCUGGUGGAUCGGCUGGAGAAGGAGUCGUACUUGGAGAGCCGCAACAACGGAGCCCAGCAGUCACUGAUUGAUGAGGACGCAGUCUGCUGUGUCUGCAUGGAUGAUGAGUGUCACAACAGCAACGUCAUCCUGUUCUGUGACAUCUGUAACUUGGCCGUGCACCAGGAGUGCUACGGUGUGCCCUACAUCCCCGAGGGCCAGUGGCUUUGCCGCUGCUGCCUGCAGUCCCCUUCUCGCCCGGUUGAUUGUGUUCUGUGCCCAAACAAAGGCGGAGCCUUCAAGCAGACCAGUGAUGGCCGCUGGGCCCAUGUUGUUUGUGCCAUCUGGAUCCCCGAGGUUUGCUUUGCAAACACUGUGUUCCUGGAGCCCAUCGAAGGGAUAAACAACAUCCCACCAGCUCGCUGGAAGCUGACUUGCUACAUCUGCAAGCAGAAGGGCAUGGGAGCUGCUAUCCAGUGCCAUAAGGUGAACUGCUAUACUGCCUUCCACGUCACCUGUGCCCAACGGGCUGGUCUCUUCAUGAAGAUAGAACCCAUGAGGGAGACCAGCAUCAACGGCACAACUUUCACGGUGCGCAAGACGGCUUACUGUGGGGCACAUUCCCCACCCGGUACCACGAAAAAAGGGUCUACAACUGCUACCAGUGAAGGGGAGGAGGACAUCGCGAAGGAAGAAGGAGAGGAGGAAGACAGCGUCAGCAUCCCCAAGGGAUCCCUGAAGAAGAGCAAAGUGAAGUUGAAGCAGAAGAUCAAAAAGGAAGUCUGUGACCUGGCAGAUGGACGUUCGUCUAUGCCACUGGUGACAGUCACACAGAUCCCCUCUUACAGGUUGAAUAAAAUCUGCAGUGGACUCUCUCUCCAGAGGAAGAACCAGUUUAUGCAGCGGCUACACAACUACUGGCUGCUGAAGCGCCAGGCGAGGAAUGGUGUCCCUCUGAUCCGGCGCCUCCACUCUCACUUGCAGUCCCAAAGAAAUGCAGAGCAGAAGGAGCAGGAUGAGAAGACCAGUGCAGUGAAGGAGGAACUGAAGUACUGGCAGAAACUGCGGCACGAUUUGGAGAGAGCACGGUUGCUCAUUGAGCUGAUCCGUAAGAGGGAGAAACUCAAACGGGAACAGGUCAAAGUUCAACAAGCUGCUAUGGAGUUACAGCUGACUCCUUUCAAUGUGCUGCUUCGCACAACUUUGGACCUGCUGCAGGAGAAGGAUCCGGCCCAGAUUUUUGCAGAGCCUGUUAACCUGAAUGAGGUUCCAGAUUACCUGGAAUUCAUUUCCAAUCCAAUGGAUUUUUCCACCAUGAGGCGGAAGCUGGAGUCCCACCUGUACCGAACCUUGGAUGAGUUUGAGGAAGACUUUAACCUUAUAGUUACCAACUGCAUGAGGUAUAAUGCUAAAGACACGAUUUUCCACCGAGCAGCUGUCCGGCUGAGAGACCUUGGAGGAGCGAUAUUACGCCAUGCGCGACGGCAGGCUGAAAACAUUGGCUUUGACACUGAUGUGGGGAUUCACCUGCCCGAGUCACCCAAAACGGAAGACUUUUAUCGCUUUUCUUGGGAGGAUGUGGACAAUAUUCUCCUCCCCGAGAAUCGGGCUCACCUUUCCCUGGAGGCGCAAUUGAAGGAAUUGUUGGAGAAGCUGGACAUGGUGAGCACCAUGCGAUCCAGCGGCGCCCGGACCCGACGCAUCCGGCUCUUGAGACGUGAGAUCAACUCCAUCCGGCAAAAGCUGGCCCAGCAACAGAACAAGACCAUGCCAAAUGGAGAGCCUGUCUCGCGGGAGGAGGGUCUGGACAAAACGCUAAGGGGAGACCAGGACGAUGACGGGGAGAAAGCAGAUGAUGCCAAGCCCCCACAUCCCCCCACCCUGGAGCCCACGGGACCCGCACCAUCCCUGUCUGAGCUGGACUCUCUGCAGGACCCUCCAACGCUCAAACCCAUCAGUGAAAGCAAGUCCUUGAACAGACUGCAGAAGCGGAUGAAAUCGGAGGGCGAGCUCUUCGAUAAGAAGGCACUACAGAGGGAGAGCCAUGCUUUCCAGCGCUUGCUCAGUGACAAUGGGCUGAACGGACUGGCCCUUCAGGCCAUGGACGCUCCUGCCAGCCCCCCGUUCAGUGGUGUGGGCAGGCGUACGUCUGUCCUUUUUAAAAAAGCUAAGAAUGGGGUGAAGCUGCAGAGGGGCCUGGACUGCCCCCUGGAGAACGGAGAGGAUCACAGCCAGAGCGGACAGCUUUCCCCCUCCAGCGCGGAGGGCGAACGACAAGCCCGGAAACGGCUGCGGAGUGGGAGCUGCAGCGCGAGUGAUGGCGAGAAAUCCCCCAGGCAGUCAGGAGAGACAGCAGGAGUGACCAACGGCUUUGGGAAACAUACGGAAAGCGGGUCUGACUCGGAGUGCAGCUCUGGCCUUGGCAGUGGGCUGGCAUUUGAAGCCUGUAGCGGUUUGACUCCUCCCAAACGUAGUCGAGGGAAGCCAGCCCUUUCUCGGGUCCCCUUCUUGGAUGGUGUGAAUGGAGACUCUGAUUACAGCAGCUCAGGCAGAAACCUCCUGAUGCCGUUUGAGAGCCAUGCUGAACUGGAACCUUUGGAGCUCGUGUGGGCAAAGUGUCGAGGCUAUCCGUCCUACCCUGCCUUGAUAAUUGAUCCCAAGAUGCCGCGCGAGGGCCUCCUUCACAACGGAGUCCCCAUCCCUGUCCCUCCCCUGGAUGUUUUGAAGUUGGGGGAGCAGAAACAGACAGAGGCAGGAGAAAAGCUCUUCCUUGUCCUAUUCUUUGACAACAAGAGAACCUGGCAAUGGCUUCCGCGGGACAAAGUUCUUCCCCUUGGGGUGGACGACACAGUGGACAAGCUAAAGAUGAUGGAGGGCCGAAAAACCAGCAUCCGCAAGUCCGUCCAGGUGGCGUACGACCGAGCAAUGAUCCACAUGAGCCGCGUCCGGGGAGACCACCCCUUUGUCACGUCAAAUUAUCUGUAGAGAGUCGGAAAUGCCCACUCUGCCCCAUUUUUUCAGACCCAGUGCUUGCACCUGUUGGCACGGUGGACCUUGCCAUGCACAGAACGGUAGGGGAUUCCUCCCUGCCUGGGGGAGCGUGAUGGGGCGUCUGAUGUGCUCUUUUGUGUUCCUGUGAGAGAUGCACUAUGCCUAGCAGUGUAAGAAGCUCCUAUAAAGUACCUUGAUUCGUGCCAAAAAGCCUGUCCGGAUUCUUUCUGAAUGUGUCUCAUUGAAGAGCCGGCAGGAGAGGAAGUGAUCUAUUAGGCUGGACCACAAGAAAGAAGCUGGUGAAGUGUGGGGGGGGAGUCUGAUGGUUGGACAUCACGCCCCACACCUCUUGGGUUUUUAGUCUGCAGCCAGCUCUGAGUAAUUCUCUGGAAUCCAUCACCAUUGUAAAUAAACCAGUACCCUUUAGUGGAACUCCUGCUGGACUGUCUUGUGCCAAAUUUACAAUAACCAUCACUGGACUUUUUUAAUUUCAUUUUUUAAAUGACAUUGGUUGCCCCAUAGCGUUAACAAAUUUGCAGCCUACUGUUAUUGUUAUGACUCUCAUGCCUAUGUAUAUAUAAUAUGUUUUCAUGGUAGGUUUUCACCACAACUAGAAAAGACUGAGAUCAUAUUUUGAUAACUCUCCCUUUCUCCUUACGCACACAUGCACAAAUGCACAGAGCUUUAAAUAUAAAAAACAAGUCCCCUAAUUUUAUUUUUUAUUUUUAUGUGUGUGUGACCUAGACAUUUAUAGUCAAUAGUUUCAUGCGUAAAUUUCAAUUUCAGUGACUAUGUGACAAUUCCAAGAACAUGUUCUUCAUAUUGCAUCUUAACAGAGUAUUGAGUCUGGGCAAGAAAACGUCUUUUAUGUUUUUUUAACCUAAUUUUGGAAGUGUCUAAUCAGCUGGAGCAGCUUGACAGACACUAACGUUGAUCAGGGCGGGAGGAAGACACGCCCUGUGGUGUCGUUUUAUGCGUGUUCAGUUUAAAAUAACUAGUUGGAAUGUCAGACCCCCCAAUUCUUCUCUGCCCUUAUUUUUUCACGGACUGUCUUUUUAAAGUUUUCCUCCAGCUUGGUUUGGACUGAAUUAAAGCUGUGACUGGAUUUCUGCUAGCUGGAGCACAUAACCAUUUCACCCGUUCACAUCUCUUCCCUGCUCUGUGGGUCUCUAGCAUUUGCGAUCCGUUCCAAACAAAAAACAAAAAACAAAAACCCAGCUCUGCAGAGAACCCUGUUUUACUGCUUUUCUAUUGCAAAACCAGGGACAGCUAAUGUUUGAAAGCUGAUGACAAAACUUUUCUUUUCUAUUAGCCAAGGAUUCAUCAUUUCUCUUAUCUGUUCUAUUGUGGGGGGUUUUUUUUCCUUUUAAAUUUUAAGAACCAAAGGUGCAGAUUCAAGAUUGCAGACAGAAUAUCACCCUUUCGCUUUUUAACUCAAUCCUUUUUUAUUAUUUUAACUUUUUCAUACUAAAGAGAAUGUGGGGAGAAAAUAAUAAUAAAUGGGGGGGGGAUCACUGCCAUUUCUACUUGGUCUACUUUUUUAAAGUACCACUUCUUAUACAUUGGGACAUGGAACCACACCUUAAGGAAAAUACCUGUAUAAAGACGGGGUAUAAGAUUUUGUAAAAAUAAUAAUAAUCCCUAAAGAGUGUGGAAGGGAAGGAAGUUGUGUACAUAGUUGUAAAAUAUCGUUCUAAAUUAUUCAGGCCUAUUGUCACCAUUCUUGAAAGUCCUCAGUUGUGUUGCUGGGUCUUUUUGUAUGCACACAGUAUAAUUUAUUUAAAGGAACAUACACUUUUUCCAGAUAGUAUCUCAGCUGUGGACUUGUGACCUGUGUAUAACUGUUUUAAGAUCUUGGGGGCAGGGUGGGGGAUUUGUUUUGUUUUGUUUCCUUUUUUUUUUUUUUUUUAUGACAUUUUAGAAUUUUAAUUGGCUAAUAUCCUGCUGUUGCUACGGGACCUAAACGUUACUGUCAGUCUGCUGUAAAGCACAGAUUGCUCUAUUUAUUGUAGAAAGUGAGUUUAUUUGCUUUCUAGAAUUGUUUAUAUCAGAUGGUAUAAGAGAGGUAAUAAGAAAAUCUAUGCUUGUAAAGAAAAAAAAUGCUAAUUUUACCUACUAUAAUCUGACUGUCUGAAACUCUAUUUUCUCUCUGAGAAAUAAAUGUUCUAAUGUAAAA